GCGCAAGCUAAGCUCAAGCGACAGUCGCGUUUCAACAUUUGCGAAAAACAAAACAAGCGAGGCGCGGAUGAAGCACGAAAAAAAAAGAAUUCAAACAAAAUAUUAAUUAAAAAAUUCAAGUUCAUUAAAAGGCUAUCUAUUUAAGUUUUGAUAACGAAUGAAAUUAGUCAUUCAUAAGAAGAAAUUUCACAACGAAUAAAGGUGUUAUAGAAGAAAAGUGUUAAUAGAAAUCGAAGACAUUUCCAAUAUACAAAUAAAUACAUAUAUAUAAAAUUCUUAAAUAUAUAUAUAUAGUAUAUAACAGUAUAUACAAUGUCACUUGGACCACACACACUGUUUACGCAAUGUUCUUAUUGUUGUUGCUGUUGCUGUAAAUUGUUGCUGCUUUUAUGGGUUGCUUGUACACUGCCCGCGCCAGUGGUCAGGGCAAGCCCGGCUUAUCGCGCCAGCUACUACGACAGCAAAUGCACUGACGCGGAGACCGGACGCGAGCUCUACAUUGGCGAGGCCUUCACACGCCCGGGUCAAUGCAUACGGGUACAAUGUUUAGGCACUCUACAGCUGUGGCAAGAUAGGUGCCAAGUACCCAAAUUGCAGGGCAAUUGCAGUGCAGUGCCGCCUGCCAAUGAAUUUCUCAACUAUCCACACUGCUGCCCGCUGUAUACGUGUAAAACGUAUGCGACCAACGAAAUGGGUGAGACGGAGGAGAUACGAACAUAUGACCAGUAUGGUUCAUUGAGAAUGACAAAUAUAUCGCAAGUGUUCAAUGUUGAUCCGGCCAAAGGAAGUAUACCGGGUUCAGGUGUUAUGAGACAGUUUGAAAUUUGAGCGUAAAGCGGAGGAUUUUUGGUACUACAUACUUGCGAAAGCUCUUACUUGUAUUCGAUACUAAAUAUGUACUACUUGAGAAAGGGAGUAAUUUUGAAAAUUGAACUCAAAAUGAUAUUCAUGUUUAAAAAUUUUAAGAAUUUCUAAUCAUUAAUGUAAUAUAUUUCAUAUGUAAAUACACACUUGUGGUAAGUAAUAUCAAGCAGAAGA